UCUCCACAGGCGGCGAGAGUGGAGCAGCACCGCUGAGCAAACACCCACACCAGGACACGACGUACUUCUACAACUGCCAGAGGAAGAUAAAAAACAUUCAAAAAGCAAGCCAUCCAUCAUCAACCGUGUGUCAUCUGGACUGGUGUUAUUGUUGUUGUGGAGCAGAGAUACUUAAUUCCUCUGGCAGGUCGGUCUAGACUAAAGCAGUCAUGUCAGCCAAAGCUAUCUCCGAGCAGACAGGGAAGGAGUUCCUGUACAAGCACAUCUGCACGUCGGCGGCUGUCCAGAACAGAUUCCGCUAUGCCAACGUGACAGCUGAGACUGACUUUGACCGACUGGUGCAAGAGCACCCAUGGCUGCUCACAGAGAGGCUGGUGGUGAAGCCAGACCAGCUGAUCAAGAGGCGAGGGAAGCUGGGCUUGGUCGGCGUCAACCUGGACCUGAAUGGCGUCAAAGAGUGGCUGAAGUCCCGCCUAAUGAAAGAGACAGUGGUGGGAAAAGCCAAGGGCAUUCUCAAGAACUUCCUCAUCGAGCCAUUUGUCCCCCACAAGCAGGAGGAGGAGUUCUACGUGUGCAUCUACGCCACCCGGGAGGGAGACUACGUGCUGUUUCACCAUGAGGGAGGGGUGGACGUAGGAGACGUGGAUGCCAAGGCAAAGAAGCUGCUAAUUGCGGUGGAUGAAAAGAUCAGCGAAGAAUCUGUGAAGAAAGAGCUGCUGACUCACGCACCAAAUGACAAGAAAGCGGUCCUGGCCAGCUUCAUUGUUGGACUCUUUAACCUGUAUGAAGACCUGUUCUUCACAUACCUGGAGAUCAACCCAUUGGUGGUCACAAAAAAUGGAGUUUACGUGCUGGACAUGGCAGCCAAGAUUGAUGCCACGGCUGACUACAUCUGCAAGGCCAAGUGGGGUGACGUGGAGUUCCCUCCACCAUUCGGCAGGGAGGCCUAUCCUGAGGAGGCCUACAUUGCCGACCUGGACGCCAAGAGUGGUGCCAGCCUUAAACUCACCCUGCUCAACCCCCGAGGCAGGAUCUGGACCAUGGUGGCAGGAGGAGGUGCCUCAGUGGUGUACAGUGACACAAUCUGUGACCUGGGCGGCGUCAACGAGCUGGCCAAUUACGGGGAGUAUUCAGGAGCGCCGAGCGAACAGCAGACCUAUGACUAUGCCAAAACCAUCUUGUCGCUGAUGACCAGAGAGAAGCACCUCGAUGGAAAGGUUUUGAUCAUCGGCGGAAGCAUCGCAAACUUCACAAAUGUUGCAGCAACAUUUAAGGGGAUUGUCAGAGCCAUCAGAGACUAUCAGGUGCCACUAAAGGAGCAUGAGGUCACCAUUUUUGUCCGCCGUGGAGGCCCCAACUACCAGGAGGGUCUCAGAGUGAUGGGAGAAGUUGGCAAGACCACUGGGAUCCCCAUCCAUGUCUUUGGCACAGAAACUCACAUGACAGCCAUUGUCGGCAUGGCACUGGGCCACCGGCCAAUCCCCAACCAGCCUCCUGUUGCCGCCCACACUGCCAACUUCCUGCUCAACUCCAGCGGCAGCACAUCGACUCCAGCAUCCAGCAGGACUGGUUCUUUCUCUGAAAACAGAGCCAGAGUUGAGGGCUCACCAGCCAAGAAGGUCAAAUGUGGAGCUCCUAUUGCCAAGGCAACUUCCCUCUUCAGCAAACACACCAAGUCCAUAGUGUGGGGUAUGCAGACUCGGGCUGUACAGGGGAUGCUGGACUUUGACUAUGUCUGCUCCAGAGAGGAGCCGUCUGUCGCAGCUAUGGUCUACCCGUUCACUGGAGACCAUAAACAGAAGUUCUACUGGGGCCAUAAAGAGAUCCUCAUCCCUGUGUAUAAGAACAUGGGUGACGCCAUGAAGAAGCACCCAGACGUGGACGUGCUAAUCAACUUUGCCUCUCUGCGUUCGGCCUUUGAUAGCACCAUGGAGACCAUGCAGUACCCACAGAUUCACACCAUUGCCAUCAUCGCUGAGGGCAUCCCUGAAGCCCAUACCAGGAAGAUCAUCAAGGCAGCAGAUGAGAAGGGAGUGACAAUCAUUGGACCAGCAACUGUUGGGGGAAUCAAGCCGGGCUGUUUCAAAAUAGGGAACACAGGAGGCAUGCUGGAUAACAUCCUCGCCUCCAAGCUCUAUCGUCCAGGCAGCGUGGCCUAUGUGUCCCGCUCAGGCGGCAUGUCCAACGAACUCAACAACAUCAUCUCCCGUACCACUGACGGUGUUUUUGAAGGUGUGGCCAUCGGAGGCGACAGAUACCCGGGCUCUGUGUUUACUGACCAUGUGCUGCGCUACCAAGACACUCCUGGAGUAAAAAUGAUUGUUGUACUGGGAGAGAUCGGAGGCACGGAGGAGUACAAGAUCUGCCAGGCUAUUAAACAGGGCAGGAUCACAAAGCCAGUGGUGUGCUGGUGUAUUGGCACCUGUGCCACCAUGUUCUCCUCAGAGGUUCAGUUCGGCCAUGCAGGAGCCUGUGCUAACCAGGCCUCUGAGACGGCAGUGGCUAAGAACAAGGCCCUGACAGAAGCCGGUGCCUUCGUCCCAAAGAGCUUUGAUGAGCUGGGCGAGAUAAUCAAAUCUGUUUAUGACGACCUUGUUGCCAAAGGAGUCAUCCAGCCAGCCGAAGAGGUGCCUCCUCCCACUGUGCCAAUGGAUUACUCCUGGGCACGAGAGCUUGGUCUGAUCCGUAAGCCAGCCUCUUUCAUGACCAGCAUCUGUGACGAGAGAGGUCAGGAGCUCAUCUACGCAGGCAUGCCCAUCACCGAGGUCUUCAAGUCAGAAAUAGGCCUGGGAGGAACUCUGGGGCUGCUCUGGUUCCAGAGGAGGUUGCCGAGGUAUGCCUGCCAGUUCAUUGAGAUGUGCCUGAUGGUGACUGCUGAUCACGGCCCUGCUGUUUCUGGUGCCCACAACGCUAUUGUGUGUGCCCGAGCUGGCAAAGAUCUCAUCUCCAGCCUCACCUCGGGCCUCCUCACCAUUGGUGAUCGCUUUGGAGGGGCUCUGGAUGCUGCAGCAAAGCAGUUCAGCAAGGCAUUUGACAGCGGUAUGCUGCCUAUGGAGUUUGUCAACAAGAUGAAGAAGGAUGGCAAGCUGAUCAUGGGCAUUGGACACAGAGUCAAGUCGAUCAACAAUCCAGACAUGAGAGUCCAGAUCUUGAAGGACUUUGUGAAGCAGCACUUCCCCUCCACCCAGCUUCUGGACUACGCUCUAGAUGUAGAGAAGAUCACCACAUCCAAAAAACCCAACUUGAUCUUGAAUGUGGACGGCUUCAUUGGUGUUGCCUUUGUGGACUUGCUCAGGACCUGUGGUGGUUUUACAAGGGAUGAAGCUGAUGAGUUUGUGGAAAUCGGCGCUCUGAAUGGCAUCUUUGUCCUGGGACGCAGCAUGGGAUUCAUUGGACACUACCUGGACCAGAAGAGGCUGAAGCAGGGUCUGUAUCGCCACCCGUGGGAUGACAUCUCCUAUGUGCUCCCUGAACACAUGUCCAUGUAACCAGAGGGUCUAAACCUACUGUCCCCCACACUGUGACCCAUCACCUCGAAGCAGUGGCAUAAUAUAGGGAAGAUGUUACUACUAAUAUAUAGCUGUAAAUGGCAACUAUUGAAAAAGAAGAAUUUAAUGUUUUUAAUUUUGGAAACCUGUUAGUGCUGCAUCUGUGUAAAUAAUAGUGAAGCCUGCUAAACUGUGAAGCUCCAGUCACACAGAGUCAGGGUCUGACUGUGUGUUAGGGAGAGUUAAUGAUGAAUCAGGUGGGAGGUAGUGGAUUAUUCACCUGUCGACCACCACCACUAUAACUCUGAUGGCUACAACAGUGAAGUGCUGUUAUUUACGCCCAGAUAUUACAUUGUUGUAUUAACCUAGCAUGUGUGUCUAUCCCGUCUCUCUGCAGCUCUCUUCAUUGUGCCAUUUCAAAAUCACGAGCUUGCUACAAGGGGUGAACAUGUUGUGCAGUCAUGCCAAUAAUAUGAGAACAUACUGUAGAUCAGAGCUUUAUUUAUGUAUAGAAGUGUUCAUGGUGAAAACUAAAUGGUUAUAGUUUUUGAUUUUCUGUAAUGUUUUUUGACAACAGUGAAACAGCAGUCUGCUUACUGUGGCGAACGGGACCACCUCAUGAGUCAUUCCUGGCAGGUGCUGCCAUUUGCUGUCUGCAGGAAAUGUUCUCUCUCAGCUGGUGCAUAACGUGGGAGUAUUUCCUACAAGGUUUUAAAUGGAAGUUGAGAGUUCUUAAUCAUCAAGAGUGGAAAAUAAAUAUGUAAUUUCAAUGUUUUUUUUCUUUCCCGAGCAUUUUAAGUGGAUUAUGGUAUUUUGCCUCAGAUCCCAAAAUGCAGUUCAGUUAUAAUCCCAUCUUCUUAUUCAGUUUUUGUUUUUUAAAUACAUGCACUAAUCCAUUACAAUAAGCUUACUUGUUGUUAGAAUAUUUUUGUGACGGCCUAAUAUGGCAGUUAAAUGGCAUUAUAUAUUUUUACAUGAUUAAUAUGUUAGUCUUCAUAGAUGUCUUCAUAUUCUUUUAAUAAUUGAGAUUUUUCCAUCAUAUUGUUUCAUUUCUGUGUUAGAAGUUCAACACUGGACUUUGAAUGACCUUUAAAAUCCCGCUCUAUUAUCCACUGACUGUUUCUGUUUAACGAAAACAUUUAAUGUGACACAGACGAUGUACAGGUCUCACCUUUUAGAGAAUUUGACACUCCUUCCAGAUCACUACCAAUUUCAUUAGACUUAGGUGCAGGACAGAACUCUCUUCUGUAAUCCUCGCUGACAUUCGAUAAUGUUAAACAUUUUCCAAAUGUUUAUGUGGUCCAAAAGAAAGUAUGUGGCAGCCAUGACCAGUGUCAUCUUCUCUGUAAAUGUUGCAAAAAUUGUAGAAAAAUUCUGUGGACAAACCUCACCAGUGUUGUCACAAUGUUUUUGUUUUUAACUGUUUCAGUGUGAACUGGAUGUGCCUCUGUACUGAUUUGUUGUAUGUUGACAACUGUGUAAUUGAGUACAAUAAAAUGUAAUUGAUGUAAUGUAAUAAUGUGGUAUGAUUUCAUUCUGGUCUUGCAUGUGUGUGUGCAGUGUUGAAUUUUGAAAUAUUUAUACUUAACCUCUUUCUGGAUACAAUGUUGAAUAGUUAAUUUGGUAACUGAAUGCAUGUGCAGGGUUAAGGUGGCAUUGA